AUGACCUGUGGGCACUUUCUCGACUGCGAGCUCCAAGCCCAUCAAAUCGCGGCCCGAGAUGCGUUCGUCAAGUGCUACCUGGAGGCAUUGCCCCGGGCAGCCCCUUGGUCCAAGCUCCCUGCCCAGAGCCUGAAGAACUUUGCGGAAGGAAACGGAUCAAAACAGGUCGAGGUCGAGGCGGCGUUCCUCGAGGGCUCGCUGCGCUCGAUGAUGAGGCAUCUUGACGAGUAUUUCUUUUUCGGCACCAUGACACGUCUUCAAAGGGGACAGAAGGAACUGCUUCUGGUUCUGCAAACAGGGUUCGGCCUCCUGAAAGCAGACGUCUCGUUCGACAGUUACGGUGACGCGACUACACAUGGACCAGACUUCGGAAAUACAUACACCCGUGUACGCCUUUGGGGCAGAAUUUCGUCUAUUGACCCGUGGGGUUACACCAGUAGCACGGCGGUAGAACAAUUACCAUUCACACAGAACGUCGCAACACUAGUGCACGAGAUGGUCCACGCGUACCUCAAUAUGUUCGUCUGCAAAGGCGAACAGUGCAAACGAAAUCUCCUAAACACAGUUGGACUGACUGGACACGGCUCGAUAUUUGUCAAGCUUUACACACUGGUUCUGGAAGAGAUCUGGAAGUGGCACCCCAAACUAAAGGUUCUGUCUAGAAAUGAGUGCAUCCCCGGUACCGCCAUCGUUAAGAAGAACAUUGACGUGGAAGCCAUGGAGCGUCUGAAAUGGAAGGCAUAUGUUCAGGACCGAGAUCUGCUCCCUCUCAGAGCUGACAGUCCCCGGAAUCUUGUCUGUCAAACAGAGAAGCUGAUCGAGGGCAUCUCCAAGAUGAGUAUCACUUAUCGCAAGCCUGGAUCAAAGAUCCCCCAAUGGGAGGAGACCGACGAGAAUCGCGAUGUGGACGGUGUUAAGGGCGAUGUAGCAGGAGGAACAAGCAUUGCUAAAGUGUGA